UUUGUUUUCACCUAUCUCUACAUAACGUUAAAGUCUCAUCCUAUUUUUCAUCUGGUACAUCAAAUUCUCUUAACCACGAGACAUUCGUUUUCCAUUUUCCCAAAAUAAAAAACACCCACUCAAAAGUCAAAACAAAACAAAACAAAAUUCACAACAUUUAAUUUGAACUUUAUUCAAAAUGACUUCGCAUGUUGAAGAAAUUGAAGAAGAGGAAAUAUCAAAAAUUGAGAAAGGCAAAGGCAAAGGCAAAGAUUGCCAUCGAGGAAUCGAAACAGUCAUUUGUACUUCUCCCACCACUGUUUGCCUCACUCAGAAGUUGAUAGCAGAGAUGAUUGGGACGUAUUUCUUAAUAUUCGCUGGAUGUGGGGUGGUGGUAGUGAAUGUGUUGUACGGUGGAACAGUGACAUUUCCAGGGAUAUGUGUUACUUGGGGUCUCAUUGUUAUGGUCAUGAUUUACUCUACAGGUCACAUUUCCGGUGCCCAUUUUAAUCCUGCCGUGACCCUCACUUUUGCCGUGUUCCGGCGGUUCCCCUGGUAUCAGGUACCAUUGUAUAUAGGUGCACAACUUACGGGAUCGUUACUAGGGAGUUUGACACUGAAACUAAUGUUCCAUGUGACACCAGCAGCUUACUUUGGAACAACUCCGUCUGAUUCAGCGGCACAAGCACUCGCUGCUGAGAUAAUUAUCUCGUUCCUCCUUAUGUUUGUUAUCUCCGGUGUUGCCACUGAUAAUCGAGCGGUCGGAGAAUUAGCUGGAAUUGCGGUGGGGAUGACUAUAAUGUUGAACGUCUUCGUGGCUGGACCGGUUUCGGGAGCAUCGAUGAAUCCAGCAAGAAGUCUAGGACCAGCGAUAGUGAUGGGAGUGUAUGAUGGACUUUGGAUUUACAUUGUUGGUCCUCUUGUCGGAAUUAUGGCCGGAGGUUUUGUUUAUAACCUUAUAAGAUUUACGGAUAAGCCACUCAAAGAGCUUACUCGGAACGGUUCUUUUCUCCGUUCUGCUUCUCCAAAACACAAAACUUCUACUUCUAAAAGCUAAUUUUUGUAAUCUCUUGGUCAUAUCUUAUUU